AUGACGAAACAUGUGUUCGUCAUGGUCAUCUACUCAUCUGUAUUAAUUGAAACUAUCACUGAACAAGUUGUUCAUCCAACACUAGACGAAGAAUAUCCGUUAACAUUGAUGUGUCCUUGUAGUCAAAUGCCUAUUCCGUACGAAGAUUUUGUUCAAGUCUGGUGGUAUCAAACUUUAUCAUUCCCGAAUAAUCCAACGGCAGACAGUGGUCAAUACGCGAAUCGUUUGCCGUUAAGUACAUAUAUUGCACUAGUAAAAUCUUAUGUCGAUUCUGACUUACAAGCUGUAAAUGUAUGCGCAAUGCCCUCAUACGUCAAGAAAUAUAUCGAUGGUACGAAAUGUUUUUGUGCACUUGAUUCCAGUUGUAAUUUAGAAGAUUGGGUGUUGACAGCAGCUUCACUCAAGUCCGUGUCUUGGGGACUUCCUGGAAUAAUUGGAGGUUAUACUAUGGUUGAUACUGUGUUCAGAUCAUCGUUUGUAUCUUGGUUAAAUGAUGACUUGAACUCUACGUUGACACGAGUCUUGAAGGAUGCGGGUGCAGCUGUACCUCGUUUCCCAAGAAUACUUAGCUCAACAGUUCCGAAUCGAUAUGCCACAACAGCAUCAGCUGAGUCGAUUUUGAAUCAUCUGAUGAUUGAAGAUUGGAAUGUGACUUAUUCCUACGAGAAUUAUUAUUUUAAAUGUUUUUGA